UGACAGCGGUUUUCUCGCAAAAUGGCGCCGUCCUAUAUGCGGAUGUGGUGCGGUGCCUCUAUGACUUUUCUGUGCGGAACACGGUACCUGGGGGUCACUGCGGGAUUCUGCAGGCCUAAAUCAGCCGCCACGCAACUUAGCUUAUGUUUAGUGAGGCAGUAUUCGCCUUCUAAAGCGAGGUACGGCCUCGGCCAAAGCAUCACGUCACGGUUGAAAUGGGCAAAUGAAAAGUACCAGAGAUUUCUUCAGAGACGCUUCCCUAGAUUCUACGUCCUCUAUUCCACAUUUAUACGAGGAUUUCGACUCUUCUUCAAGGAUGCCCGAGAAGUGCAUAGGAUCAGAAUUCGGAUGAUCAGAAACAACAUCGAUCCACAGAAGUUGCCUUACCGUGAAAUGGAGAAGCUCAGACAGUUCCACAGAGACAUGAUCAAAGCUAUUCCUCUGGUGAUCAUCUCCAUUCCUCCUUUUGCCAACUACCUAGUGUUUGUUUUAAUGUACCUUUAUCCACGCCAGCUUCUCAUUCGCCAUUUCUGGACGCCCCAGCAGCUGGUGGAGUUUCAGGGAGUGUAUCACGCACAGAGGGCGCUGCAUCACAGGCCACUGCUCGCUGGGUUGAAGACGACAGCAUCGCGCAUCACACACGAACAAGUGAAGAGCCGACUUAUGGAGCUGUGCAGUAAAAUCCAGGGUGGUGCUCACCCCGUUGUGUCUGAUCUCCACGCAGUGAGAAGUUUAUUCUCAGGCCCUCCACUGGGUAUCAGAAGGAUGGGUGCAGAUCAGAUGAGACACCUUUGCACAUUGCUCUUCUUAACGCCCCGCCUCCCACCGUUCUGGAUUGGCCGGCGCUUGAAUAGCCACGCCCUAGAGCUCAUGCACUUGGAUCGUGCCAUCAUCAUCCUGGGUCUCCACGAGCUCAAUGACAUGGAGCUCAAAGAGGCGUGUUAUGUGAGAGGGCUGAACGUGGAGCAGCUGAGUCCUGCACAGUGCCGAGACUGGCUGUCUCAGUGGCUGCAGUUCUCAGUGCACCUUAAAGAAUCAGAGACCUCAUUGUAUUUGCAUGGUAUGAUGCUGCUGACGGUGAACUACCCAAAACCAGCACGCAGCUGAUGAGACAUUGCGUUUUUCAACUACGCUGACCGUCAAGGAUCAGAAGUGAAGUAAACAAAAACCUCAGACAUGAGGGAGUGAACAACUUCAAGAGGGAGUGAACAACUUCAGUUAUCAGAGACGUUCCAGGCCAGUAUCAGGAUCAUACAGUGUAGGCCUCAAUUACAGUGUUGAGUGAAUAUGAGAGGAAAGGAUGGUAAUCUUCGAGUUAUUUUUGAACGUUUGUUUCCUUGAGCAAAGUGAUUAGAAAGAUGGGUGGGAAUCGUGAUGAAAGUACUAAAAACAGUACAUUGCAUAGCGGAAGUCGAUUUCGUCUUUUAGCCUUUAUCGUGUCAGAUCUGCGUAAAUGGAACAAUUGGAUCCAUUCCACAUUUACACACAACUUUGAACCUCAGAAACACAAAACGUUGCAUGCAGCACGUUCUAAUUCCAUCAUGAGAUGAUUAUGAACAUGCAUCUAAGAACAGAUGUAUGAAAAAGGGUUAACAACUCAUUCUGUUUACAUGGAGUGUUGUGGAUUUCUUCCAAAUGUGGUUCAACCACAGAUUGGUGUGGUUUUUAAUUUUGGCUUGUGCUUUGCUGCAUUUUGUUUUUUAUUUUAUUUUUUUUCCUUUUUCCUUUCCUGUGCUGUUUAAGUUUGCUGCUAUGCAUACAGUUCAUCUGUACUUUGAAAGCUGAUUGAAUUCAUCAGAACAGUAUUCAGGGUUGCCAGGUCCUCGAAAAAAAAAUAGCAGUCAAAUUGCAACCCAAAAAUAUGUCCAACUUAAUUUCUAACUGUAAUUAAUGUGAAACAAGAUCAUAUUAUACAUUUGUAAUGAAGCAGUAUUCAAAUUGGUUUACCGAAAUAUCAGUGUAAUAAUACAAGACCACUAUAGGACAUGAGCAACAUGAUGUAUUUAUAAAUAUGUAGUCUAUUAUUUGUACUUCAUAUCCAUUUACCAGUCUGUGCAUGAUUUCGCCGAGGGUUUUUGUGAUUGUUGCGGCCAAACGUGCUUGAUUUUGAGAUGCUUUUUACACAAUUUGCAGGGUUUUUUGUGCCUUUUUUUUUAAACUAAUAAUUUUUUUUUUAGCAGAAGCCUAGUUGAAUUGGCGAAGUUGCAGGAAAUAGUUUUGCACGGUCCUUCACAGUGAUGUUUGGUGACCUUUUAGCUGUACUCGUGUUUGACGCAUGAGAAUCGAAGAGGGCUUUGGCUGAAUGCGCGUCAUGAGGACGUCACAUGAAGCGUCUCGGCCCACAUCUGCAUAAAAUCUGUGGUCGUUUUGAAAAAUUGCAAGCGUUCAUUUCUGCGAUCGCAAAAUUCUGGAGGGACUGAUUUACGAGCCGAUACACUACUUGGUACAUUUUAAUCAUAAGCACAUACCCUAUACACUGCCAGUUAAAAGAUGGUGAAUAUGUGGAGUUUGUUUACAUCUUAUUAUAUUUGUUAGUGCCUCUAGAAAGUAUUUCUCUUUUUUGCUGUAUUGCAACAUCAAAUUUAAGCAAAAGAGAGAUUUUUUUUGUUCUCCUUUAGAAGUGAUUCUAAAGUAGUGUAGUGUAGUGAUUCUACAGUAAAAAUCUAAUUAAGUCAAGUACGUAGGGGAAGUGGUGGCUUGGUGCUUGGUGGGUAAGGCCCUGGGUUACUGAUCGGAAGGUCGGGUUUCAAGCCGCAGCACUGCCAAGCUGCCACUGUUGGGCCCUUGAGCAAGGUGCUUAACCCCCUCUGCUCCAUGAGCACUGUAUCAUGGAUGACCCUGCGCUCGGACCCCAACUUCCUGACAUGCUGGGGUAUGCGAAGAAAAGAAUUUCACUGUGCAUAUGUAUAUGUGAUAAAUAAAGACUCAUCAUCAUUAUAUUCACCUCAGAAUUACUUAAAAUGUUUUAUAUAAUUAAACAGAACAACCCACUUCCAGUGAAAUAAAUAUUAAACCCACAUCAGCAAAAUGUCAAAUGUAGUGUGAUUAUGUAUGAAAAUAUCAGACAUGGCAACCCUGACAAUAUCAUCAGAGAUUAUCGGAGUUAUUUGACACAGGAACAGAAUAGUGUUCAAACUUUUGCCCCGAUGAGGCCCAUGCCCCAGUUUUUAAUGAGAACUUUCUCCACCCUACACACACACACACACACACACACACACACACAAACCCAUAAAGGUUGGCAGGUCUCAUAGAUAGUCAUAUAAGUGGUUAUUUAUUUUGGUAUUUUUCAUCUCACCCUCAUGCAUUGAAUUCACACAGUUUGAAUACCUCUGCUGUAGAAAGUAUUGUGAGAAGGACAUUGAUUUUAACGCUGUGAUGAAACGCAUACAAGGACACCAAGUCCUGUAAAUGAAGUCGCCCCUGCAGAAGAAUCAUAAAGCACUUAUGUACAUACACAAUUAAAAUGAUUUGCCCCACAUAUUGGAUUGAUUCAAAGUAAAGUAACAAAACAGCUCUAAGUUGCUUUAUUGUGGUUUUUGCUUCCCUCAGUCUGGACUGCAGUCACUGAUAAGCCUUUGUAAAUGUGCCUUGAUGUUAUAAAGACAUGUUUCCAAUGACCUCUGCUAUGUAAAGAACAGAACUACUUUUUUAAAGGUCAUCUAUAAAAUCCAUUGUGUGUUUAUUUUGUUUGUUUGUUUUAUUCAACGUGUAAUGUGCAGUAAACCGUUUAAGUAAGGUGACAAAGUGAUAAAUUGUGCUUUGUUCACUUCCUUCCUUCCUCAAGCUCAUCAGGUUAUAAGCCUUCAUAAGGUUGAAAGGGUGCGUCUGAGCGGGGAGACACAGUAAGACGAGCAACGUAGCGCUAAUAUUAGCGGUCUAUAUUUAUUAUGCUUUUUCUGUUUUGUUUGGGGGGGGGAGUUCCAAUAAAUUCAACAUAAUUGAUCAAUUGGGAUUCAGCCAGACUUUCUAUAACUGACUAAUAUUACUUUUUUUUUUUUAUACCACAGCACUGUAAAAUUUUUAAUUUAUUCUAAUUAGUCAAGUUAAAUCAUAGGUUUACAUUAAACGUGCUCGUUAUUGUUUCUACAGGGUGUCCCAAGUCUCCAUACAGAGAGGAAAUUAACACUUUUUAGCAAAAUGUCUUCCAAAUACAUACAUAAAUUUUUUUCCCCCUUUUUUCAGAUAGCCUUUAAGAACGCCUUUGCCAAAAGAAGAACGUAUUGAAAUCAUUCUCAUGGCUGGAUCGGGAAGCUGUUGCAAGGUUGCGAUGGACUUUAAGAGGAAACACGACGAGCACGUCACACAAGACACUGUCGCCAAACUUAUUAACAAAUUCAAAAAGUCUGGAAGUCUUGUGGCCCGACGUGGUUCCACUGACGCAGGCACAACCGACGUGGUUCUGGCAAACAUACUCCCUGUAUGUAGACUCUGUAUGGAGACUUUUUUGGGACACUCGGUAUAAUAACAAAUCAUUCAUAGGGACUUCUAUGUUUGGUGUACCAUUUAAUCCUAGUUAUUUAACAAAGAAAACAUAAUAAUUGAUCGUUACAGUAUGGAGACAUUUGACAUUUUCGGGAGGAGUCUCAAGUGUCGGCGCUUUGUGAAAUCGGAGGUAAUUUAAAGUUUUACACUACAGGAAAGUCUUCAGGAAUUAACUUGUUUCACGGAUGUUCCGUCGCUUUAAACGUAACUACGAACAGAUAAAAAGUAGGAGACGUUCUUUACUUAAUAAAAACAAAUGUAAUUGUUGGCAAAUUGCUGUGGUAUGAGAAGGAAAAAAAACAUUUCAGGACAUGCUGUUAUUGGAAAAUAAUCAACUUUGGGGUGAGAACAGCAACUCCACUUUGUUGUUUAUUAUUAUAGAGAAACCAAUGGGGGAGGUGUGAAUUUACAAGAGUAAGGCGUUAUUUGUUUGCCCAAUCACCGCACAGCACGAGUUUCCAGUGUCAUUCAGCUACCUAGUCAAUUACUGGGCCACAACUAUAUAUUUAAUUAUUUUCAUGCUUUAACAUUUAAUUAUUGGGACAAGAAAUACUUUUGUUCUGAUUCAAAGACUGGUGAAAUUUUUGGAAUAUACUGUAGGCUAAUAAUGUAACGUGUGAAAAAUACCGAUUUGUAAUGACUUACGAUGAUUAAAUUAUACAGGGUAGCGAUACACAGUGAUAAUCAUCUGUGUCAAAACAAAUGUGUGAAAAUGUCUGGACACUGAUGAUGUUGGGGGGAAACUGUAAAAGUUUAUUGUUUAUGCCAUUCCAACAUUGAAAAUUUGAUAAUACAAUACAUGAAAUGUGAGAGUAUAAAAGUACAAUCUCUCCCUAAAAGAAGUCCAUAAAGAAUACUAAAGUACAAAUUUAUGAGACAUAACAAGGAAAUGAUAGACAGUAAUUCAGCAUCUAUGAUUAAAAAGCAAGGUUCAGGUGUUCUCUACCUGCAUAUAGG